GAUUUAUAGCAGAGGAAAGUGAAUUCAUGAAAGGGAUUCUAGGGUUUGAAUACGGGAUAGUUCAGGCGCCAUUAGGACCAGAUAUCUCCGGACCAGAGCUUGUAGCCGCCGUCGCUAAUGCCGGAGGGAUUGGUCUUCUCAGAUGUCCUGAUUGGGAGUGUCCUGAUUACUUGAGAGAGCUUAUAAGGAAGACAAAGACAUUGACAGACAAACCAUUUGGGAUCGGUGUUGUUCUUGCGUUUCCUCAUGAUUUGAACAUUAAGGCAAUCUUAGAAGAGAAAGUUGCUGUGUUGCAGCUUUAUUGGGGUGAUUGUUCACAGGAGCUUGUGGAUGAUGCUCACCGUGCCGGUCUCAAAGUUGUUCCUCAGGUGGGGAAUGUCGAAGAAGCUAGAAAGGCUGUUGCUGUAGGAGUAGACGCCAUUAUUGUCCAAGGGCAUGAAGCAGGUGGGCAUGUUAUUGGCAAGGAUGGUCUCUUUUCAUUGUUGCCAAGAGUGGUGGAUUUAGUUGGGGAACGCGAUAUUCCCGUUAUCGCUGCCGGAGGAAUUGUGGAUGCACGCGGUUAUGUCGCAGCCUUGUCACUUGGUGCUCAAGGGGUCUGUCUAGGCACAAGAUUUGUGGCGACUCAUGAAAGCUAUGCACACCCAAUAUACAAAAGGAAGUUGAUUGAAUAUGAAAAAACAGAAUACACAGAUGUGUUUGGAAGAGCAAGGUGGCCUGGUGCGCCUCAUCGUGUUCUGGAGACACCUUUCUUUGAUGACUGGAGGUCUCUUCCGGCUGGUGAGAAUGAAGUUAACCAACCUAUUAUUGGACGUUCCACCAUACAUGGCGUUGAAAAGGAGAUAAGAAGAUUUUCAGGAACAGUACCAAACAUGACGACAACGGGCGACUUAGAGAGUAUGGCUAUGUAUGCAGGCCAAAGCGUAGGCCUUAUCAAGGAGAUUUUACCGGCUGGAGAGGUAGUGAAAAGUCUUGUGGAAGAAGCUCAGGCUCUGAUUCUCCAAAAGUUCAACAAUGCUACUACAUGAUGCAGUGCAGCCUCAAAUCAUGAGCAACCAUAAACUUUACUGCUUUUGGAAUCGGAUUAGAAUAGUCUCAUCUAAUGUAAUAAGGUACCCCUUGUGUAUAUCUUGUGUUGUUUUCAACUAGAAAAAUUGUGUCCAUCAUGUGUAAUCCAUUCCUCUUUUUACCAACAGACCUUGGUAUUGAAUUAAGUAUACUUCUUAUG